AUGAAGUCAGCAGUUGUUCUGGCUCUUGCGACACUCGCCGUCGCAGCACCUGGAGGCGGCCCAGGAGCAGCCGGCGGAUGGGGUCCCUCUGGUGCCGGCAACGGCGGUGGUGAAGGUCAAGGCGGCCCAGGAGGACCUCAAGGUGGUUCCAAGGGCGGUCCCCCCGGCGCUGGCGACAGCGGAAGCUGGGGCGACUGGUCGAGUCAGGGCGGAAAUGGAGCUCCCGAGAGUUCCAAGUGGCAAGACUGGACUACUUCGUCGGCGCCGCCCGCUCCUGUCGUCACUACGUCUUCCUGGCAAGAAUGGACCACCACGCCCGCUCCUCCCGCUCCCGUCGUGACCACAUCUUCUUGGGUUGACUGGACGACUUCCGCUCCUCCGGCUCCGGUUGUGGUGACUACUUCUCAGUGGCAAGACUGGAGCUCUUCCGUCGCUCCCGUGUCCACGACCACCUGGGCUGAGUGGACCACUCCUACCCCCGUCGCGCCCGUGGUGCCAGAAACCACCAGCUCGUGGGCCGAUUGGUCUUCCAGCGUCCCUGUCGCUCCCGCUCCCCCAGCCUCCAGCAGCUCCUGGAGUGACUGGUCCUCGACGACUCCCAUCCCGACACCCGUCGCGCCCGCCACGACCCCUUCGCCAACAUCGUGGUCGACCUCGGUGGUCUCGUCGACACCUGCUGCGCCUAUUGCCAGCCCGUUCACCGGUGCCGCCGCGCCGGCCGCAACUGGCGGUUUCAAGGUUGCUGGUGCCGCCGCCGCCUUGAUGGUUGCCGCCUUGUUUUGA